AAUGUCUUAUCUCAUAAAACAAAGCUGCGACAGUAAAAUAUCCAAGAUAGUAAACUAAAAGUUCUGCUAUUCGACAGAAGUUGAAGAACGCUACUUAACUAACUAUGCUAUUAACUUCGACAUGGAUAUUAGAUCUCAUAAUUUUCUUUGGAAUUGGUAUAAUAUUUAUGUACAUAUAUUCCACCAGAAAAUAUGACUACUUUAAGAAAAGGAAUAUACAUUACGAGAAGCCUAUCCCUUUAUUUGGAAGCAUAUUUCCUGUAUUGAGUAUGAAGACAACAAUAGGAGAAUGGUUACGUCAGCUUUGCAAUUCGACCAGUGCCCCAUAUUUCGGAAUAUUUGUAUUCGAUGAGCCCUAUAUCAUUAUAAAAUCUCCCGAGAUAAUCAAACACAUUUUGGUAAAAGAUUUCAGCAACUUUUCAGAUCGGACUGUAUUGGCUCCUAAACAUAAUAAAAUCAUGUCCAAUAUGCUUUUCGUCCAGAAGAAUCCAGACUGGAGGAAAGUUAGAUCCAAGAUGAGUCCAGUAUUCUCCUCUGGGAAACUAAAAGGAAUGCUUUCCAUUAUAAAUGAAGUCGGGGUAGAUCUAAAUCGAUAUAUACGAGAGAAUUUAGGUCAGUUGGAAACGAAAGAGGUUACGGCAAAAUACUCUACAGAUGCGAUAUCAAAAUGCGCAUUUGCAAUAAAUUCUCAUUCCUUUAAAGACGAAAACAGCGAUUUUAGAAAAGUUGGUAGGGCCUUUUUUGACUUUACGUGGAGAAAUGGUUUUGUUCAGAUCGCCUAUUUUUUUAAACAAAAUUGGGCAAGCACAUUACGCUUGGAAUUUUUUGAGAAAUGGUCCCUUGCUUUUCUCAGAGAUAUAUUCUGGAAAGCAAUCGAAAAGAGACAGCAGAUUGGAGUGAAAGGAAACGAUCUCAUCGACAUAAUAGUGGAAAUGCGAAAUAACAAAGACUUAUGUGAAGAAUUAAAUUUUGAUGGAGAUAAAGUAGUGGCCCAAGCAGUGCAGUUUUUUGCAGCCGGAUUUGAAACUACAAGUUCUACCUUAUCUUAUACGUUAUACGAGCUUUCUCUCCAACCCACGCUUCAGACAAAACUAAGAAAUGAGAUAAUAAGUAAUAUCAAAAAACAUGAUGGAAUUACCUACGAGGGACUGAAACAAAUGAAAUAUAUGGAUAUGUGUAUAUUUGAAGCUCUAAGGAAAUAUCCAGUAUUGCCAUUUCUGGACAGAAGAUGUAAUGAAGACUAUAAAGUUCCUGGAACAGAUCUAACUAUUGAAAAGGGAAUGCCCGUGUACAUUCCGUUGAUGGCACUUCAUUAUGAUGAACAUUAUUUCCCAGAGCCAGAAAAAUACGAUCCGGAACGAUUCUCUGAAAGUAACAAGCAUAACGUGAACGGACUAUAUUAUAUGCCAUUUGGAGAAGGUCCACGAAUUUGUAUAGGAGAACGGUUUGGCAUGCUAGGGGUCAAGGUAGGACUAUCACAUAUUUUGUCCGAAUUUGUAUUGGAAAGGUCACCGGAAACACCAGUACCUGUUAAAUUUGAACCAAAAAGUUUUCUUCUUCAGUCUACUGUAGGACUGCCUUUGAGAUAUAGAGAGUUCCAACCAACAGCAGCAUAAAAUAAUAAUUAACUUUUGUUAGAAUAAGGUGUAGACUGCGAGAUAUGUACACAUAUGGGUAGGUAUUUUAAAAGACAAAUAAAAUUUAAUAGAAA